GAUGCCCUGCCCUGAUGAUACUAUUUCUAUCUAGUAUUUUCGUAAAGGCGUUCUCAGAAUCUCCACUGUUCUCCGUGGGUACCUUCUACCCAGAUCCCCACUUUAACUUGAAGCGUUUUCACCAUUUCCAUGGUUUUCAAAAUAUAAACGAUAUUUGAUCGAGAGCGCUCUCGGUCAUUUCGAAAGUUAGCGGGAUCCAUGAAUGACGCAAGCUCAUCAAGGCCAACGUAAUAGUGAAGGCGGCUGACUCCGCAUCUAGUGUAUUUAAAUGCACAGGAGCCUGUUGAAUUUUCCAACAGAGCCAACAACAUCAAAUAGUCUUGAUUCAUUGCUUCAGCGCCCACUGCCAGGCUCAAUUGUGUUCCAGCGACAUCGAGACAGUUUAUUAUGCCAAUUACAGAAUUCGCAUCCCUCUCGUUAAUCCCCCCUAAUACACUUUCCGACCCGCAUGUAAUAGAUCUCUUCUCCAAGGUUUCUUCUUGGCAAUCAUCCUCUUCAGGUUAUCCGUUAACCUUCUUCACAAAUCCAGCAGAGCCUGCUGAGAUCUACCUGAUCACUGGAUGGGAUGACGUACGCGCUCAUGAAAAAUGGAUAGCCAGCUCCAGAAAUCAGGAACUUCUUCAAAUUGCGGAGGGUUUCAUCAACAUUAUUGGAAUGGUUCACUUGGACCUGGAUUUCAAUGAAUUCCCUGUGGGAGCUGAUUCACUAGUUUGCGUGAGGACCACGAGUCAGGGAGUCACGAAGGAUGGAUCGGAAGAGGCCAAAUUAAAGAAUGUGGAAUCGAUGCAGUGUGGUUGGACUGGACACGGGAGGAAUGUGGAAGAGGUUGGAGCCGGUGUCUAUUAUUUCGCGGAAAGUGAUGCCCAUUUGGACUCGGAGGAUGGUGGAAAGGAGGACACAGUGUACAAAAGGAUCCAAUUGAAGAUGGUGAAGUUCACUUGAUACGAUUAGUGUCUUCCGGGUUAAUACUUGUACAAAUACCAUAUAUGUUACAUGUCAUGGCGAUGGUUGUGAACAAUAUAAUAUGUAUUUGUUGGAAUCCAAGGAGCGUUUGUUUGGCAACAG